GGUUAUAAUAAAUAAGGAUGUCUAUUUUUUCUGUUUUGCGACUGUCUUUCUUAAGGACAAAUUAUGUUAUUUCGGCACAGUAUGCGACAGUUCCUAAAGCUGGGACUGCAGCACUGAAGGUAAAGAAAGGAGGUAAAUCAGAAAAACUACGAAUCCCAGUUGAAAAGGAUGUUAACAAAUUGUUAACUCAUGUGUGCGGAUUAAAUUAUUAUAAAGAAGGAGAAGAGGUACCACUAAAACCUGAUGAUCAAUAUCCAGAAUGGUUAUGGAGUUUAAGGACUACAAAAGUAGAAUUGUCAGAGUUAGAUCCAAAUACAAAACAAUAUUGGAGAAGAAUGCGUAGAGAAGCUAUUAAAAGACGUAACAAAAUGAUAGCGCAUCGUAGACUUUAAAAUAUGUACCAAUGAUCUAGAUCAUAAUCAUUUUAUUUUCCAUUAAUACCAUAAUACUAAAUAAUAUUAAUUCAUUUUAUGUACAAUGAAUUGUAAAUGUAAAUAAAAUUUUACACGUA